AUGUGUGGAAUUACUGUAGUUGGUUUGAAUGAUCCUGAAACUAUGAAAGUGAGGGGAAGAUUACAGGAUAAACACAUUGUGAUCUUAAUAGACUGUGGGGCUACACAUAAUUUUGUCUCUGAAAAAUUGGUGAAACGGCUGCAAUUGCCAAUUAAAGAUACUGCCCACUAUGGGGUUAUUCUCGGAACAGGAACAACUAUCCAAGGGAAGGGAAUUUGUGAAUCCUUGGAAGUACAAAUGAAGGAAUGGACUAUCAAGGAGGACUUUCUGCCUUUAGAAUUGGGUAGAGUAGACAUCAUACUCGGUAUGCAGUGGAUUUACUUAUUGGGAGUUACAGUUUUGGACUGGAAGAAUUUAACUUUAGCAUUCAAUGAUAAAGAUAAACAAAUCUGUAUUAGAGGGAUGAGCACAUGGGAUGAGCAGGAUCACGGUUUUCUGAUUGAAUGUAAAACUAUAGCAGUAGCAUCAUCAAAUGACACAAUUCGGGAGGAAAAAGCAAAAUAUGGUAUGGGUGUUCAAAAAAACCGUUGGCGGUUUUGCGUGGACUACACGACGCUGAAUAAUGUUACUGUUCCCGAUAAAUUUCCAAUUCCGGUGGUGGAAGAAUUAUUUGAUGAAUUAAGUGGGGUGACGUUUUUCACCAAAAUAGAUCUGAAAUCUGGUUAUCAUCAUAUUAGAAUGGCUGAGGAAGAUGUAGAGAAAACGGCCUUUAAAACACAUGAAGGUUAUUAUGAAUUUUUGGUGAUGCCUUUUGGGCUAACCAAUGCGCCGGCUACGUUUUAG